AUGUCAACACCAAAAGCCCACGUGUCAGCAACAAAGCCCACAAGGAAGCAACAGAGCAACAAAAGCCCACAAGUCAGCAACAAUAGUCCAUAUGUCAGCAACAAAAGCCCACCUGUCAGCAACAAAAGCCCACGUGUGAGCAACAAAAGCCCACGUGUCAGCAACAAAAGCCCAUGUGUCAGCAACAAAAGCCCACGUGUCAGCAACAAAAGCCCAUGUGUCAGCAACAAAGGCCCACCUGUCAGCAACAAAAGCCUACCUGUCACAAACAAAAGCCCACGUGUCAGCAACAAAAGCCCACCUGUCAGCAACAAAAGCCCAUGUGUCAGCAACAAAAACCCACGUGUGAGCAACAAAAGCCCACGUGUCAGCAACAAAAGCCUACGUGUCAGCAACAAAAGCCCACAAGUUAGCAACAAAAGCCCACGUGUCAGCAACAAAAGCUCGCGUGUCAGCAACAAAAGCCCAUGUGUGAGCAACAAAAGCCCACGUGUCAGCAACAAAAGCCCACGUGUCAGCAACAAAAGCCCAUGUGUCAGCAACAAAAGCCCAUGUGUCAGCAACAAAAGCCCACAAGUUAGCAACAAAAGCCCACGUGUGAGCAACAAAAGCCCAUGUGUCAGCAACAAAAGCCCACAAGUUAGCAACAAAAGCCCACGUGUCAGCAACAAAAGCCCACGUGUCAGCAACAAAAGCCCACGUGUCAGCAACAAAAGCCCACAAGUUAGCAACAAAAGCCCACGUGUCAGCAACAAAAGCCCACGUGUGAGCAACAAAAGCCCACGUGUCAGCAACAAAAGCCCACUUAGCAACAAAAGCCCACGUGUCAGCAACAAAAGCCCACGUGUGAGCAACAAAAGCCCACAAGUUAGCAACAAAAGCCCACGUGUCAGCAACAAAAGCCCACGUGUCAGCAACAAAAGCCCACGUGUGAGCAACAAAAGCCCACGUGUCAGCAACAAAAGCCCACGUGUCAGCAACAAAAGCCCACGUGUCAGCAACAAAAGCCCACGUGUCAGCAACAAAAGCCCACGUGUCAGCAACAAAAGCCCACGUGUCAGCAACAAAAGCCCAUGUGUCAGCAACAAAAGCCCACAAGUUAGCAACAAAAGCCCACGUGUGAGCAACAAAAGCCCACGUGUCAGCAACAAAAGCCCACGUGUCAGCAACAAAAGCCCACGUGUCAGCAACAAAAGCCCACGUGUCAGCAACAAAAGCCCACGUGUGAGCAACACAAGCCCACGUGUCAGCAACAAAAGCCCACGUGUCAGCAACAAAAGCCUACUUGAAGAUUACAUUCAAUACAUCAUCCACACACCUUCAAAAACAAAUGAACACCCUCGAAACUGA